UAAGGGAGGGUUGUUGGGAUUGGGACAAGAGAAGUCAAAAGAUGUGUCCUUUUCAAAACUCUCCACACUUGACUCUGUCUUUGUUUCUUAGCAACACAUCACAAUAAGAGAUUAAACUAAACCUCCAACAGAGAAUUAAUUAGAGAAGAGGAUGAUUAGAGCCAUGAGCACGAGGAAGGACCGAGGCAGCUACAAGAAGCUCGGUGGUGAGAUAGAAGAAGAAGCAGCAGGAGUUAGGCUUUUAGAAGGAAAAGUGCAAAGCGUUCCAGCGGAGGUGAAGAAACCGGUGGAGAAAACUGGAGGUUCAGUUCACCCGCUAUUGAGUUUCUUUGACGUUGGAUUACAGAGGAGGAAGAAGAAGAAGAAGAGCACAACGAGUGCAAAACCAGAGUUCUCUAGGUACUUGGAGUAUGUGAAAGAAGGAGGGGUUUGGGAUGCCACUUCAAAUGGACCUGUCAUAUAUUACAAAUAGAUUUUGUAUCAAAGUGGAAAGCUCGUCUCUAAGGUCAUAAUAUUGCUCUGUUUUUGUUUUUGUGUGUGGAUCAAUCCAUGUAUUAAAUUUUUAAGUUUAAUAAGAUCAACCAGUAAGCUUCACAAGCAACAAGAUGUAGAAGAUGGAAACUCACACAAAGUCUCUUCAUCUGAUGGAAAGUUUUAUGAUAUCUUGGUCUUAAAAACCAUUCUAAUUCGAG